AGCAGCUCGCCAAUUACACUGGAAUAGCACGGUAAACCACGCUGAAAAAAUGUCAAGAGACGCCCAAAUCAAAGCAGAGAAGGAUUACACGGAGAUCCUGGACGAGCAAUUCCCUCAGAUCGAGAUCUUAGCGGAGACGGAUUACACCAGUGCUCUUGAGAAGUAUCUCUUGCUGGAGAAGCAGACACGUCAGGCGUCUGACCUGGCGUCGUCGAAGAGAGUGUUGUGUAAGAUUGUUGAUCUUUUAGCCUCGAAGAAGCAGUGGAAGUUGCUGAAUGAACAGCUGGUGCUGUUGUCGAAGAAGCAUGGCCAGCUAAAGCUAUCCGUGCAGGCUUUUGUCCAGCAGGCGAUGACAUACUUGGAUGCUACUGGCGAUCUGGAGAGUAAGGUGGCGUUGAUUGAGACGAUUAGAACCAUUACGGAGUCCAAGAUCUUUGUUGAAGUGGAGAGAGCCAAGGUCACCAGAGAGCUCUCACACAUUAGAAGAAGCGAAGGCAAAAUCGACGAAGCCACUGACUUGCUUGUUGAGCUACAAGUUGAAACGUACGGUUCCAUGCCGUUGAGAGAGAAGAUGGAGUUCAUCCUUGAACAGAUGGAGCUGUGUAUCCUCAGAGGUGACUUUACACAGGCCACGAUUCUGUCUAGAAAGAUCCUUAUAAAGACACUACAACAGGCUGAGUACCAGGAUAUCAAGCUUCAGUACUAUGAGCUCUUGAUCAAGAUUGGCUUGCACAACCAUGAAUACUUGAACAUCACCAGAUACUAUCUCUCCAUCUAUGAGAUUGAGUCUAUCAAAGCAGACGAGACUAAGUGGAAGCCAGUGUUGACUAACAUCGUGUAUUUCAUUGUGCUUUCUCCCUAUGAUAACAUGCAGAACGAUCUUAUCAACAGAAUCCAAACUGACACCAAUUUGAAGAAACUGGAAUUGCAACACAGACUGGUCCAAUCGUUCAUCACCCAGGAAUUGAUGAGAUGGCCAAUCAUCAAGGAGAUGUACCACUCUGAGCUGGAGUUGUCUGACGUCUUCAACCCAAAGUUUGAGACAAGUACUAAGCAUUGGGAGGAUCUACGCAACAGAGUCAUCGAGCACAACUUGAGGGUGAUCUCCACUUACUACACCAGAAUCACACUCGCACGCUUGAACGAGCUCCUGGAUUUGAAAGAGUCAGAGACUGAGCAGUUCAUCAGUUUGUUGGUGAACCAAGGCACGAUCUACGGUAAGAUCAACAGACCGGCAAAGCUUGUUGAAUUUGCCAAACCAAAGGACUCCAAUGAGCUGUUGAACGAAUGGUCCAACAACGUUGACUCAUUACUGGGUCACAUUGAAACCAUUGGCCAUCUAAUCACCAAAGAAGAGAUGAUGGCUGGCAUCAAGAGAAGAUCCUAA